AUGUCCGGGCUCAUGUUUGGAGUUAUCCCCACCGGGCAACAACUGAUGACUGACCCUACAUCCACACCUUCUCCUACGUCAUUUCUCUAUACGCUGCCGAACACCAAGUCUUUUUCCCAUGUCAUGGUAAUUUUGCUACCAAACGUUCAUCUUCCCGAGAAUACCGCUGCUGCCAUCUACCUUGCCACUGCCAAGGAUGUUGCCACCGCAGCCGAGCUCGGCGGCACACCAAACUUCAAAUUUCUUGGGGGGAUCGGGACCGGGAAAGAAAGCGCACUGUUCAAGAUCAGUUCGAACCCUAGCCAUAACUCUGGCAGUGCAGAAAAUGAUGGCGUUGUCAUUGGAGUUUCUGUUGAGCCAGCAGAGUCUAUCGGCCAACGCUUGGAACAACUGUCAGCUGACAAGACAGCAAACAGCUCGGCGCCGAACCCCAGCACGUCACAACUACCUACUACUCUUCUUGCCCAACGUAUAAUACAAAACGCAUAUAAUUCCCUGGCGAGCUACACCAAGUCGAUAGGUCCCGAGGGUGUGGAGGUUGUCCCUCUAAGGGCCUUUGACGAAUGGUGGCGAAAGUUCGAGAGUCGAAUUCGCAACGACCCCAACUUUCUUGCAAAGCCCCAGGAAUAA